CUUGGAACUCUUGGAAGGUCACCUAACCUUGCUUUUUACUAAAUAAAUGUAACCCCAAGACUGCUCAUAAGCUGAAACAAUGAAUUCUUCGUCAAUUUUCAGAGUUAUUCGACAAUUCAGGAACAUAAGGAAUGAAAUAAAUAUCCAUGAAUUCCAUUCUAUCACUGCCUCACGGAAUUGUCUACAAAUACAAACAAAUUGUUCUCCAUCAUAUAUCUUACCAAAUUUUAACAGAAAUACAGUUUCUAUCGUAAUUAGGAAUUAUGCUAAAGGAAAAGACAGAAAAAAAGAAAAGGGCGUUGGUAAAGUAGUUAUAAAUGAGAAUGAAAUGGCUCAGCUAGUCAAUGUGGACUCAUUAAAGAAACAAAUGGAAAGUCCUAUCAGUCUAAUGAAAGAAAGUUUCAUCAAGAAUUUAUCCCUCCGAUCAUCUGCAGGUUCAAUUGAAUCCCUUGUCGUAACUUUGGAUGGUGAAGAACACAUGCUACAAGAAUUGGCUCAAAUUAGUAGGAAGAACCCAAAAACUGUCAUUUUAAAUAUGGCAACUUUUCCCCAAGCUAUUCCAGAAGUUUUAAAAAGUAUUCAAAAUUCUGGUUUGAAUUUGAAUCCCCAACAAGAAGGUACAACAGUUUUUCUACCAAUCCCCAAAGUAACGAAAGAACACAGAGAAAACCUAUCGAAAAAUGCCAAACAAUUAUUCAUCAAAUGCAGAGAUAGUAUAAAAGAUGUACAAAAUAAAACUAUCAAAUCCUUGAAGAGGAAAGAUGGAGUAUCAGAAGAUCUUGUUAGAAAUAUAGAAAAUCAAAUGAAAGCUUUAGGAGAUAAAUACAUUUCUGAAGCUGAAAAAAUUUUGGAGAGCAAACAAAAAGAACUACUUGGAGAUUGAUAUAAUGAAAAUUCAGAAAUUCUUAAAGAAUGCAUGUGUUUAUGAUUCUAUAAUAAUAAAGAGAAUUUAUUCAAGAUAA